AUGGUGAACCUGUUGAAGGACGUGAUGGUGAGGGCCACUCUCGAUCUACUUUUGAUGUUUCUCGUGCUUUUGUGGACGCUAAACGAUAUCCGUGGAUCACCGGUAUCUCAUCAUGACAACUGUAAGAUGGGGAUAAACUGCCAUCUCCCCAAUUGCCUGUGUCGGUCGUACGACACCCCCGGGGAUCUGAACAAGACCCACAUCCCGCAGAUCGUCCUCUUCACGUUCGAGGGACCGUUGGAUGCCAGAGCCUAUAAGAUGUACCAGGAACUUUUUCCGAGUACCCGAAGGAACCCAAACGGCUGUCCUGCCCGCAUCACCCUGUUUCUUCAGGGCAACACAACUGACUACUCUCUGGCCGCCGACAUGUAUGAGAGAGGGGUUGCUGAGUUAGGGGUUAGCUCAAUGUCCACCCAGCCCAAGGACUACUGGCAGAAUGUCAGCUACGACACCCUCCGCGACGAGGUGUAUGCUCAAAAAAUGCUCAUACACAAACGAGGUAACGUACCUUUACCAGACAUCAAGGGCUACAGGAGCCCAUAUUUACAGCCCUCUCACGCUCUGUACGAAAUGCUUGGAAAUGUGUCGUUAGGAUUUGAGUAUGACUCGUCGCUAGCUAUUCUUAAAAGCCGGUUAGGAGAAGAUGUCGAAUGGCCGUUCACGCUGGAUUUUGGCUUCCAGAAGGCGUGUGACGUGCCUCCGUGUCCCACGUUUCCACUGAUGGGCGUUUGGGAGUUCCCUGUUUACUCACUUAUCGACCUCGAUGGUUUUCCCAAUGUGGAUCACUCGAAAUUCUUCCCGCUUCGCGACAGGGCUGCGUUUCGCUACCUAGUACAGAACUUCAGGACAUUCUACAGGCGGAAUAAAACACCGUUCAUACUGAAUCUGCGUCCUGAAUGGUUUUAUCACAACCAUACAAUGAGCGCCACAAAAAGGUUUCUCGACAGACUAUUAAGCUUGCCAGAAAGAGACAUCUACCUGUUGGCGCUUAGCGAUGCUCUGGAGUGGGUGAAGAGUCCCAGAGACACACCAGACUCCACGAACUUCACAGCCUGGAAGUGCUCCCGGGCAGACAUCGAUCCCGCCCCAGUGGCGCCUCCCACUCCUGGAACCGCCAAACCCUCCAAGGAGCCGUGGUGUCUGUCCAUCAACGGUGUGGUCAAGUGUGAGGAGAGAAAUCCGCCGAUAACAGCAGCUGCAACAACAGAAACAACAACAACCCAAUCCUCCCCUUCUGCACCUCCAUCUUCAACCAAGAGUGCAUCAACAAACACUUUACCAACGACAUCAAGUCUUAAGAAUCACACAUUAUGCCCUACGGAUGCUGUGAUGUACUGGGAUGAUGCAUACCUUGCAUUGUUCAAUACGAACAUUAUGGCAGACAUUGACAUUGGUGACCAGGCGUUCGACGACGCCCAAGAGGACAACAUCAUCGACGACGAACAGACCACUCUCCGUGCAGGUGGUGAUGUCCAGAUCGGGGUGGUUCCCGAGCAACAAACCUUGGAUGUGGACCUCAAAUCCCAAGAUGGAAGGCUGUUAGUGUUCACCGUGAAUGAAUAUUAA